AUGCAUGUGGACCACCAUCAGGAAACGGUUGAAGUUGAGGUGAAGAAACAUAAAGGCGAGACAAAUGACGGUAGGGAUGCUUUUAGUGAGGGAGUAGUUUUGGAGACUGAAGUGCAUAAGGAUGAUGAAGAAGGAGAAGAUGAUGAUGACGAUGAUGAAGAAGAUGAUGAUGACGAAGAAGAAGAAGAAGAGGAAGAAGAAGAAGAAGAAGAUGAUGAAUAUGAAGAUGAAGUGGAAAUAGAAAAAGAUUACAUGGGUUUAUCCCUUCCUUCAAUCAAUAGCAAUGCAACAGAUGCGACUACUUAUGUUUCUUCAGAUACCAAAAGAUCCAUUAAGCAUUUCCCAAUUGCUACAGACCAAAAGGGUCUAACAGAGAAAUAUCUCAAGCCAGUUAGAGAUUACCCAAAAUAUACCGAAAAAAUGUUUACAUGGCUGAUUGAAAAUUGGCAAGAUAUGAAGCAAGAUUCUGAAAAUGAACUGUUCCGUUCUGAACGGUUUGAAUUGGCUGGUUUCGAAUGGGAUAUUCUUGUCUUUCCAACAGGGAAUAAGUAUAAUGCCGUAGCCGUUUAUUUGGAACCCCACCCUAAAAGUACACCACCAAUUGAGUCGUCAAAUGGUGAAACAUUAGAACCUCCAAAGGAAGAUUGGUAUGUAUGUGCUCAAUUCAUAUUACAAAUGUGGAAUCCUGACCAUCCAGAAGUGAAUAUGCCUCUUUCUGCUUAUCAUAGAUUCACUCAAAGUGCAACUGACUGGGGUUUCAGUACUUUUAUUGAUGUGAAACAUAUGUAUAGUCCAAUUACUCGUUUGGGACACACUCACCCAUUAUUAGCGGAUGGAUCUCGAAUUAAUAUCUCCACUAUAGUUAGAGUUAUUGAUGACUCUUCAACAGGUAUGCUCUGGCAUAAUUUUAACAACUAUAAUAGCAAAAAGGCAACGGGAUACGUUGGUUUAAACAAUCAAGGUGCAACGUGUUAUCUUAAUUCAUUGUUGCAGUCUUAUUUCCAUACUCGAUGGUUUCGUAAAUUGGUGUAUCAGAUUCCAACUUCAUCAAAUGAUGAUUCAGCAUCUUUUAAUCUUCAAAAGAUUUUUUACUUAUUACAAACAUCACCAGACCCAGUGGGCACCAUGGAAUUAACCAAAUCGUUUGGCUGGCACGGAGCAGAUGCUUUCACACAACAUGAUGUUCAAGAGUUGAACCGUAUUCUCAUGGAUAGAUUGGAAAUGGCAAUGGUUGGCACUGGUGUGAAUAGCAACGGAGGCCUCGAUAACAACAACAACGGUGGGUUAUUUGAAGGAGACUCACGUAAAAAGAGAGAAUUGCAAUCAAUAUUUGUUGGGAAAAUGAAAUCAUAUAUUAAAUGUGUUAAUGUCAACUAUGAAUCUUCCCGUAGAGAAGAUUUCUGGGAUAUUCAACUUAAUGUCAGAGGGUUUCCUAAUCUUGCGGCAAGUUUUCAAAAUUAUAUUGCUACUGAAAUGCUUGAGGGAGAAAACAAAUAUCAGGCUGGUGAUGAAUUUGGAUAUCAAGAUGCUAAAAUGGGUGUAGUGUUUGAACAUUUCCCUCCUGUUUUGCAUUUGCAAUUGAAGAGAUUUGACUUUAUGAUUGACGAUUUGGUCAAAAUUGAUGAUUUUUAUGAAUUCCCCGAUAAGAUUGACUUGCAACCUUACUUGGACGAAGAGUUACCUCAAGAGAUUUUGAGUGAAAACUGGAUGUACAAAUUACAUGGCGUAUUAGUUCAUCAAGGUAGUAUUACCAAUGGGCAUUACUACACAAUGAUCAAGCCUAAGGAUAAGGAUGAAUGGUUUAGGUUCGAUGAUGAUAGAGUUUGGAAAGUAACACCCCAUGAAGUAUUUGAUGAUAAUUUUGGUUCUCCUGAAAUCACUCAACAGGAGUAUAUGCGGAUGACCAGAGCAGAGCAAACCGAGAAUGUUAUCCGAAGAGCCACCCUGGCUUAUAUGUUGGUCUAUUACAGAGAACUGAAACUUGACCAAAUCUUAUUACCAGAUUUGGACAUCGAGGCUAAAUAUACUCCUAAGCAUAUACCUCAACAAAUUGAACUCCAAGCAGAGAACUUGAAACGACAGGAACAAUUGCGUCAAGAACAAUUGUACUAUACCUAUGGGAAAUAUAUUACUCUUGAAAAUGUGAAGAAUCAUGUCAACAACUUUGAUUUGUAUAAUGAUCCCACACCUCAGAACCAAAUCUUUUUUGAUAAUGAUGACUUAGACAACUAUCACAAAUUUAAGAUCAAGAAGGCAGCCAAUUUCCAAGUGUUGUUAAAAGAAUUUGAACAGCUAUUAGGUAACAACCAAUUUUCUUUGGUGCCAAUUAUUCACAGGUCAAACCGUACAAACAGAUGUAAUGUACCUUUAAGUCCUCAUGAUGAGAGAGUGGAGAAUAAAACCAUUUCCCAGAUUUACGAUGCGGUUUUCAACAACAAAUACGAUGAGUUUCUCUUUUUCGUUUUGGAAAAAGGUAAGGGCAUAAACCUUGUUAGAUCUGAGGACGCAAAUGAUAAUUUGGAAUCUCCACUCAAUGAUGUGAAUAAUAUUCUCAUAUUUAUCAAACUAUUUGACGGAGUUGAUAAAUUGCUGGGGCUCACACAUAUUAUCGUGUCUACUGAUGCUCAAAUUUCCACAAUUUUUGAUCCGCUUAAAGGUUUGUUGAAGCUACAACCACUGGAUGAAUUUGAAGUGGUUGAAGAGUUUUCCCCAAUAAAGAUCAACUCAAUUGAUCCGUCGAUGUCGUUUGCAAAAACAGAAUUAUCUAAUGGUGACAUUUUAUCAAUACAAGUGAACCCUAAAUCUGCAAAAGUUCACAUAAAGGAUCACUACAAGUUCCUUCUUACGAGGUUGCAUGUAUUGGUUAGACCGUUGAAUGCCCUCGAAGCUGAUGAAGAAGAUAGUGAUUUUGUGGAUGAUCAGACAGAGAAAAGAAUAAUGGAUAUUGACAACAACAACGAUAGCGAAAGAACUAAAAUCGAGGAGGGCAUUGACGAGAACAUGGAACAAGAUGCUGUUGCUAAAACAGUUGAUAUGUGGGUUUCUAUUUCCUACACUUAUUCUCAAUUUGCCCAAGUGAUAGGUGAACGUUUGAAACUUAAUCCUGAGUUUCUUCGAUUGUUUAUUGUCAACCAUCAAGGCAUAAGAUAUCCACUUAAAUCUACGCAUUCUUUGUCAUACUUCUUUUCGAAGCUAGCACCGAUCAGUCAAAUAACUACAUUUGAAUACGAGGUUCUCAAUAUUCCCUUUAAGGAGUAUGAAACAUUAAAGCUGGUUAAGAUACAUUGGUUGACGUCGAUUAUGAACUACCAGGUCUUUGAACUUCUUGUUCCUAAACAGGGAACUGUUAACCAAUUGAUUGAUAAGCUUGUUAGUAAAUUGAACAUACCAAAGGAUAAAUGGCAUGAUAUACUACUCUGGGCCGGGCUCAACCAUAAUUAUUAUGGGUUUGUUAAAUUCAACAGCUCCUUAGAGUCAAUUGAAGACAAAUUGGACUUAUAUUGUGGUAUUUACCCCAACGAGGUUCAAGCUUUUGAAGAAUAUGGAUUUAUCACCAGAUAUCAAGGACAAACAGACAAGGAAAUUGAAAAUGAAGCAGCCGAAAAUGACCCUAUUGAAGAUGAGGUCAUAGCCAAAGAAAAUGAAUCUUGUAAAGUUUUCAAAGAGAGAAUGAAUUUAUUACCUGUUUUCCAUUUCCACAAAACUUCCAGUUACCAUCACGGAGUUCCCUUUGUAUUUAUUGUUUUCCCAGAUGAAAAGUUUGAAGAUACUAAAGCCAGACUUCAAAGAAAGUUGGGUUUGGGUCAACAGGCAAUGGAAAAGAUUAGAUUUGCAUUACUGGAUUUCGAGAAUAAGGGUAAGUAUUUGGACAGUAAGAUUGAAAGUACUUUUGUUCUUUUCAAUGAAAUUGAAAAGCUGGAAUCUGGAUUGAAUUUGGCUUUAGAUCAUCCUGAUAGGACACCUAAGAAGCAGUCACAAUAUGAUCGGGGGAUUUCCAUCAAAUAA